GAUAUAUACCAUUAUAACAACAUCUCUUAACUUAUUUGGUGCAUAAAAUUGUACCAAAACCAUCUUUUUCAUUUUCAUUCUAGACUCUUUUGCUAUUUUUUUUUUGCAUUUUAAUCACUUUCAAUAUAUUUCCUCUGCUUUCAUUCUGUUCUAUUUCACCAUCAAAUUAAGAUGACUGGAAACACAACUAUCCUUAGCCAUCAUCAAGCUUUCGACGUCGAAGGCGAUGUGGUUUCACACACAGAUAGUGCCUCUAAAUGCUUUGAUGAUGAUGGUCGUCUCAAAAGAACUGGAAGUGUUUGGACUGCAAGUUCACACAUAAUAACAGCUGUGAUAGGAUCAGGAGUGUUAUCUUUAGCUUGGGCAAUAGCUCAGCUAGGUUGGAUUGCUGGUCCUGCUGUUAUGAUUUUAUUCUCUUUGGUUACUAUCUAUACUUCUUCCUUUCUUGCUGAUUGUUAUCGCUCCGGCGACAUCAACUCCGGGAAGAGAAACUAUACUUACAUGGACGCAGUUCGCUCCAUUCUCGGUGGAGCCAAUGUUACCCUUUGUGGUAUAUUUCAGUACCUGAACCUAUUUGGAAUUGUAAUAGGAUACACAAUUGCAGCUUCUAUUAGCAUGACGGCAAUCAAAAGAUCAAACUGUUUCCAUAAAUCCGGCCACAAAAACCCAUGUCACAUGUCAAGCAACCAAUACAUGAUCAUGUUUGGCGUAAUCGAAAUUUUCCUUUCACAAAUUCCAGAUUUUGAUCAAAUAUGGUGGCUCUCAUCAGUUGCAGCAGUAAUGUCCUUCACAUAUUCCAUAAUUGGUCUAGCUCUUGGAAUUGCCAAAGUUGCAGAAAAUGGUAUUAUCAAGGGUAGUCUCACAGGAAUCAGCAUUGGAGCUGUGUCAGAAACUCAAAAGAUAUGGAAGACUUUUCAAGCUCUUGGUGACAUAGCUUUUGCCUAUUCAUAUGCUGUGGUUCUCAUUGAAAUUCAGGACACAUUGAAAUCACCACCAUCUGAGGCAAAGUCAAUGAAGAAAGCAACAAAGAUAAGUAUUGCAGUGACCACAACAUUUUACAUGCUAUGUGGCUGCAUGGGCUAUGCUGCAUUUGGAGAUGCAGCACCAGGGAAUCUUCUAACUGGUUUUGGCUUCUACAAUCCAUUUUGGCUGAUAGACAUUGCAAAUGCAGCUAUAGUAGUUCAUCUUGUAGGAGCAUACCAAGUCUUUGCACAACCCAUCUUUGCUUUUGUUGAGAAAACUGCAACACAAAGAUGGCCCAACAUUGACAAAGAAUUCAAAAUUGAAAUUCCUUGUCUUCCACCAUACAAAUUGAACUUAUUUAGAUUGGUUUGGAGGACAGUGUUUGUAAUCUUAACCACUGUUAUAUCAAUGUUGCUUCCAUUUUUCAAUGACAUUGUUGGAGUUAUAGGUGCAUUGGGAUUUUGGCCUUUAACUGUUUAUUUUCCUGUGGAGAUGUAUAUCUCACAGAAGAAAAUACCAAAAUGGAGUAAUAGAUGGAUUUGCCUACAAAUAUUUAGUGGGGCUUGCCUUGUUGUAUCAGUUGUUGCUGCUGUUGGAUCAAUUGCUGGUGUCUUGCUUGAUCUAAAGAAUUAUAAACCAUUCCAAUCAAAUAUCUAAGCUUCAUUUACUUCCAAAAA